GGUGUCCGUGAGACAGGUAACUGAAGUCAGAGCGACACACGAGUAUCAAGUCAGUAACGUUCCCAACACACACACACAUACACCAUGAGUGACUCAGAACAGCGGUGUCCGUCGGCGGUUCCCAAGGAGAAGGAGGAGGGGGAGGGGGGAUCGUGGCCCGACAGCGGAGGUGUCUGGGAGGAGGAGAAGAUGGACUGCGGUCUCCAGGCCAUGGCUGAAGAGGACGAAGACAUCGACUUCUACAACGACGAGACGUUUGGCAUGGAUCUGGACGUGGAGCAGAAGGGGAGCGGCGUCAUCGUUCCUCCCCCGCCACCGAUCGUCCCUCGUGCCCCGAGAGUGUCCCCUCCUCCCUCCCCCCCUCCCAGACAGAAGGAGCAGCUGGUUCCCCUCGGCCUACGGGGGCAGCGGAGCAGCAGAGGAGGAGGAGGAGGAGGGGGGGGAGCACGAGGAUAUGGGGUGCGGGGGGGCAGGAUCAGAGCCCAGAUGUUUGAGGACCCAGCAGUGGUCCGGACGGUGGAGGGGCGGCCCAGCAUCAAGACGUUUGACAGUGCCAUAGUGGACUGCGGAGCCCCUCUGCCCUGGGCCACCAUGCAGAGGGCGGGCUGGAUGGGGCCGUCCUGCAGGAAAAACAGAAUGGCCGGAUCCAUACUAGAGGACAACGCUAUCGUCUGUGUGAUCGACGGCCAUGGGGGCAGAGGUCACCGUGGGUCGCCUCCGAUCCUGCACUCUCCAUAUCCCUCCUCGGGGUUCAGAGCCCGGGGUACUCUGCCCAGGGGAGAGGGCUUGUCAAACAGGCUCUACUCCCAUCGCCCGUCACCUGGCCCGUCCCCCCUCGUCAGGAACUGGAUGAACAGCUCCACAAUCCCUGGUUCCCUGGUCCAACCGAGACAGACGCCCCCACCACAAUACAGCCAGCCUCAGACCCCAAAGAUGAUGCAUCUCCGCUUUGGUGCCAACUCCCCAGGCCCCUCCCCCUACUACAGCCCUUCCUCCACUCCUGUGCAGCCUAUCAGGUACCCUGGGCCCGUCACCCAGCUCCACCCCCAACACAAGAGACUCCUCGGCCAGAAGCGGACAGCAGAAAGGAAGGCGGAGAGCUGGGACCCCUACUGCCACCUGAUGACUGAGAAGGAGAAGGAGUGGAUCACCCGGCUACAGAUGAUCCAGCUGCAGACGGAGAACCCUGACCUGGAGGAUUACUACUACCAGGAAUAUUACCGGCGGAUGGAGGACAAGCUGGUGGAGGAGGAGCUGGGAAUGCGGAGCAAGAGGGAGCCUCCUAAACUCUUCACGCCCUACAUCACUAAGACUGAACCCUACACACCAGUGGUCCACAUAGAGGGCUCUCUUGGCCAGGUGGCGGUUUCCACAUGCUACUCCCCUCGCCGGGCCAUCGGUGCCGUGAACGCCAACCCAACCCAUGGAUCACAUGAGGAACCCAAAGACGUGAAAACACAGCAACACGAGGUCCUAAUGCAGAUGGAGAAGCUCUUUGUGGUUCUGCUUGAAGUGGAGGAGGAAGACAGGAUGAAGGGCAAGGUAUUGGCUGAGGCGGAGGAGAAAAAGGCGAAGGAGAAGACUCGGCGGAAGGUUCAGAACAUCUUGUCUCAGCUGCAGCACUACGAUGCCCUAGAGACGGGUGUGGAGUUCCUGUCGUGUCUCAUGUUCAGCAAGGGGAAAAAGUUGAUCUCGCGCCUGCUUCCGUUCCUGGACCAGGCCGCCGGCCUGAGGAUCCUGACCGUGGUGACCUCUCACAUCCCCACGCUGAUGAGCAGGGACAUGGAUGAGGUUCUCCCUGUGCUCUACCCCUCCCUGAGGACUGUGAUCUCAAUGCUGACCUUCAGCCAGCUCAUAGUCAUCCUGAAGAACCUGACGUCCGUCGGGGAGACCCCGGAGGGUCCCGGGGGCCUCCUGCAGACCUGCCAGAACAAGUUUGGUCUGUCCCUGCUCUAUGCCCUCCUGUCCCAAGGGGAGAGGUUGCUUUCCUCUGGGAGCCCCUUGGAUCCCAGCAUCGGAGACUUCGAGACCUGGACGGACACGAUCUUCCAGGUGGCGGGCGAGCUGUCCCACUGCACCCUAGUAGAGCCCCUGCUCCUGCCCUCAAACCUCCUCACGCUGUUCUGCCGAUACCUGGACAAACGCACCGUCCACCAGCUCAAGAGCAACAUGGAAUUCGUCCCUGAUGUGUCAUUGCAGGGAAAGCACGAUGUCUGUGCGUCAAAAGAUCUGCGUCAGGGUUGGCUCUUCCAUCGUGAAAGGGAGGAGCUCUAGAAGUUAAUCUCUUCAGCAGAUUGUCAACCCAACGGUAGGAGUUCACCAACGUGGUGGACUGGAUUCUCCGUGCAGAUCUACUGUAAAUAAUGACUGUAUUUAUUCCCCUGUCCCUCACCUUUCCCUCACGCCGUUUCCAUUUUAUUUCCUUUAUCUUGUUUUUUAUGUUCUCCCCCUUGAAACGCCCAUGAUUAUGUUUACUCAGCAUGUCAGGUUGACUUGUGUUAAACAAGGUUUAUUUUUAUAGGUGCUGCUUGAUGUCAGCUUUGUUAGCUUGUACCCUAGUGGGAGCUAAUGGGCUCUGCUAGUUCAUUCUGCGAAAUUCUGAUCCAAUAGUUUCUGAGAAGGCACCUAGAUGGACCUUAACGUUUUGGGGUCAAAAGGGUUUUGGCCGUACUCUACGUUAUCGUUUGUAAACUGAGUUUAACGUUCUGUAGCUCGGAUUCUUGGGAUUGUAUAGUUAUUUAUGAUUGUACAGCUACAUAUCUGUUCAUUGUAGAAAUGCUAAAUGCUACCUUCUGGCACGCCAGGAGAGGCUGUGCAAAAUGUUAUUCUUUUAUUUGAUGCUUUUGUAAAACAAAGUGAAUGUAUGUACAUAUGUGGAAUAGCGCACAUUGCACUGUAUUCCUCAUGUUUAAAUA